AUGCCGCUCCAAGAGGAACCAAAGUUCAUCUCUAAAGAAGACCGAAAGGCAUCUUUUCUGGCCAAGAAGAGUAAAAAGUCCUCUCUUGGCUCAGACAUUCUGGGCAACCUACAGAAGAGUGUUUUCGAUGAACACAUUCGAGAAUUCCUACCCAAUACUUGCAUCGAGACUCUUCUCACCCCAGCUGCUGUUCGUCGGGAACUGCACCUGUCCGAUGACCCGGAGUUAGAAGAAGAGGUUGUCAACUUUGUGAUGAAAAGUGCCCCCAAACUUUUUAUCACGUCACUGCUGGCCGGACUUACCGACAAAGACCAGGAGCUAGCAACAGCCAUGAUACAAUUCGAGACAAAAUCUGUGAACGACAACUCCCUACCUCUUCCUGACAGCGCAUUCGUUGACGAAGCUGGUGAAUUUCUGGAACCAUGGACUGAGGUGUCCAGGCGCAGUUUUCGUCGAAACCAAUGGACGGUUCUCGUACCAAUCAUCUCAGAGAGCAACCCCGAGCUGGAUCUUGAUCCGGACUGUAUUCUUCCCAUUACUGAAAAGUCAAGAGCGGGCGAAUCAGGUGCUUUCGGCGAAGUUUUCCAGGUCAAGAUCCACGAAGAGCACCAUCUGAAUCCCAUCAUGAAGUAUGAUGGCAAACGAGCCGAUGUUGCCAUCAAGGUCAUCAGGCCGGUUUAUCGCGACACCACGGAUGAAAACGAACUGGAUCAACUUCGAGAUGAAUGGGUACGCGAAGUCAAGGCUCACAUUGAGAUGCGCAACCUCAAACAUCAGAAUAUCAUCGAGUUUAUCGCCGCCAUCAAGCGUGGCAGUGACCGCUAUCUGCUUUUUCGCUGGGCAGAGGAGGGAAGCCUGAGAAAGUUUUGGGAAAUGCCUGAACACAAGCGUCCAGUCGUGACAAGAGAGCUUGUCCGAGCCGUCAUCAUGCAGAUCCAAGGAAUGGCGGAUGCGCUCGACAAGCUGCACAAUUACCGCUACGGAGGAGGCUCAUACCGGCAUGGAGACUUGAAACCCGAAAACAUCCUGUGUGUGGUCGGCCAACCACCUCGAGACGGCCAGUUCGGCUUUCCUAUUCUCAAGAUUUCCGACAUGGGACUUGCAAAACAUCACAACAUUGCUACCCAACUGCGACACAACACAUCAACUCAAUACACGACAACCCGCUACGAACCUCCCGAGGUGGCCUUGAAGUCCGAGCUUGGCCGUUCCCGACGAUACGACAUGUGGUCAUUCGGAUGCGUGAUUUUGGAGAUGAUGAUCUGGCUGCUGUAUGGCACCGAUCAUCUGGAAAGGUUCAACAGCCAGAUCAUCGACGAGGGAAGGCAUAGAAGCCACUGGUUCAAGGUCGACAAAGAUAAAGACGAGGCAUUCGUGCAUCCCCAUGUCCAGGCGACAAUCAGAGCCCUGUAUUACGAUCCAGAAUGCAAGGCAGAGACUGCACUGAAGGAGCUUCUCACCAUCGUCAAGACCAAACUUCUCGUCGUGGAACUGGACCCUCCAGCCACACCCGUCAGCAGUUCAGCCCCCCCAAGGUCCACCAACGGCUCUCGCGCAUACUCUCAAGAACUCAUGGAGCGUCUUGAUGAUAUCGUGGCUCGAGGCAAAACCGACGAGUCAUACUGGUUCACGGGCGCCAGCCGCGAGCACAUCAAAGACUUGAAGGUCGACAGAGCACCAGAGUCUUCCUUCCUUUCGCCAAACUCAGCGAUAGGAGGAAACCGGCCCCUCCGACCUAGGCCCCCUUUGAGGCCCCUUGGAGAGAAUGGCGGUGGUAUAAUUCCUGAUGUCGGAUUCGAGGAUCAGCCAAGCUUGAUGGUCCCUGUGAUUACAGUCGUUGAAGCAAAAACAAGACGAGUAUGA